GUGCAAUGGUACGCAUGCGCAGCUUGUGUUGUGGAAAGCUCCAUGUUCCGGUUUCAGCAUGUUUCCGAAUCAUCCCUGCUGUCCGUCACUGCAUAUGAUCUGACAUUAACUGUAAGGGAGCAGUCAUGAGCCCCAGUCCCAGCCCGGGCUCUCCUGUGCCCCUGACCCUCACCGGCAGCCUGCAGAGACUCUUCAGCCAUGUGAAGAUCGAGAAUUUAAUAGCAGGGCUCAGUGGCGGGGUGGUGUCCACGCUAGUGCUGCAUCCUCUGGAUCUGGUCAAAAUUAGGUUUGCAGUGAGUGAUGGGCUGGACGUGAGACCGAAAUACAGUGGAAUUCUGCACUGCAUGAAAAGCGUCUGGCAGCAGGAGGGUCUCCGGGGCCUUUAUCAAGGUGUCACUCCAAAUAUCUGGGGAGCUGGAGCGUCAUGGGGGCUUUACUUUUUCUUCUACAAUGCAAUCAAAGCGUACAACAAGGAGGGCAGACAGACAGAGCUGAGUGCCGUUGAGCAUCUGCUGUCAGCAGCAGGAGCAGGGGCGGUGACGCUUUGCCUGACCAAUCCGAUCUGGGUCACCAAAACUCGCCUGGUUCUGCAGUACAGCGCCGAUCCAUCGAAGAAGCAGUAUAAGGGGAUGAUGGAUGCUCUUGUGAAAAUCUUCCGCCAUGAAGGGAUCGCAGGACUCUAUCGGGGGUUUGUCCCGGGAUUGUUUGGAACCUCCCAUGGUGCACUGCAGUUCAUGGCGUAUGAAGAGUUGAAGAGAGAUUAUAACAAAUACAGAAAGAUGCAAUCAGAUGCUAAACUGGGUUUCUACAAAGGCAUGGUGCCCAACCUGAUCCGAGUCACUCCGGCCUGCUGCAUAACCUUUGUGGUCUAUGAGAAUGUUUCCCGCUUCCUCCUGGACCAGCACAAGUGAACUGAGAACAGGAAUAACUGCAGCGGAGCUGUCUGUCAGAGAGCAGAGCUGGACCUGGGAUGGGACGUCCCAUCAGUGACGGUGUUUGACGGCCAUGGAGAAGUCAGAAAUGUAAAUAGAGAGAAAUAAAACAUCCUGGUCCUCUCUGGAAAACUGAAGUGCAUGAGGACACAGAGUUCAGAAUGUAAUUUGUGUGUCUUAACUGUUUGGUUUCUCUACAGUACUGGUGACAUUAUUGUGAAUAUGGACAUGAGGGAUAUAUUACGUGUGGCUGUAAAUUAUAUUCAUAUACAGGUUUGUUAUCAAGAGAUAAAAAUGGGUUAUGAUAGCUAGGGCUGGGCAAUAUCUGAAAUAUUCAUAUUUGUGAAUAAUUCACUGGUAGCUUGAAAUUCAACAACAUUGUGAAUAUUCUAAUAAUUUUAAUGUGCUUUUCAUCUUCAGUUUAAAACCCGACGAUAUUUUCAUUCCUCCAUGUGCAAUUUUUAUCACUCAAAUGUUUGGGUUGGUAUGAAUUUUUUAAAUGAUU